UAAGGAGGCUCUGAAAUAUUUCAUCGCAAGGAUAGGAAACUCGGAAAAAUUUGCCGCGAAUACAAGUAAAGGUUAAAAUGAGCAAGGAAAAGAGAUCCGGGCGAGAAGCCAUUCCUCCUCUUGAUGAGUACAGUGAAUACGAUGAGCCCCAGAAACGGCGGGAGAUUCGUUCGCUGUAUCGUGAUCUUAUGAACGAAACUAAAGAAAAGAAAGAAGACUUGAUACAACCACAAUCCAAAGGACUCAUUGAAGUUUUGACUCGACAGGAAGAACUUUUUGAUAAAGUGCGACAUCCACGAGAAGCAGUUUUGGAUUCAAGUCUUCUUUUGUCAGUCACUAAUCAUGGGUCAGAACAAGCAAAGCAGUUGCAGACAGAUUUUGUCAUCUUUGAUCCAAAAGAUUUUGCAGAUAAACUGGUCCAUUUUAUGGUGCACAAUAGAUUUGAGGCACAACUGUCACAUAGCAGGAACAUAGUGAAUGACGAUGAUGAAGAUACAAAAGAAAAAUUCCUAGAUUCCUUGGAUUGGAUGAAAUUAGGAAAGAGGUGUGCAGGCUGUUUCAAAAGGGCCCCAACUGUUGAUUUCAUGCUUGGGCCUCUAGUUAUUGAAGUGCCUGAAAGGAAAACAAAGAAAUCAAAUGUAAGAAGAAAAGAACAAUUUGAUUCAAGUCAAAAACAAGCACCACAAGAGCUGUCAAAAGUCGAGGAGCACGAAGAAGCAACAACAAAGGAAGUUGAAAGAAUUUAUAGAGUUUUAAAACGUCUGACAAAAGAUGGCACAAGACCAGUUGGGUUCUUUGAGUUCAUAACAAAUCCAAAUUCGUUUGCACAAACAAUCGAAAACCUGUUUCAUCUCUCCUUUCUUGUGAAGGAUGGCAAAGCAGAAGUGAAAAUGGACGAAGAGGGACAGCCAACAGUUUGUAAAAGCAACCCAUACAGAGAGCAAGAUCACCAGGAUGUUAUUCUUCAAAAGCAAAUUAUUAUGUCGAUGACAAUGAGUGAUUGGAGGGAUAUUGUCGAAGCAUAUGAUGUCAAGGAACCCCUGAUACCGCCGAGACAUGCUUAAAACAAUUAGCUUCUAAUUAUUUUAUCAAAUAAUCUCAACUCCUUUAAUACUAAUUUCUUGAAUUGAUAUUUUCAACUCCUCGCGAUUCACGUCUUAACAAAACUCUUGUAAAUAUCCUAAAAUCAUAGAACGCACGACUUCAAUGGGAAUCAAGAAAUGUCAGAUACUUCUAAUAGGGUUGAAAUUCUCAUUGAAAAACGUAAACACAAAAUCUAUAAAUAUUCCCAUAUUUAUGUUCACCAUCCAGCAUUUAAUACUCUGCUUGGUUUUUGACGAAAAAUGCUUUUAAUGUGUACAUAUGAAUUUUAACGUUGCGUGGCCUUUCGCUAAUCGUCUAUCAUUUGCCUAUACUUUAUGAUUGGAACUGAUUUGCUUUCUAAAUGCACAAGUGUAGCUACUGUAGAACCAUAGAACAGUAGGCGAUCCAGAGUCACGAUUUAUCAAUCUUCUUGUGAUUGUUUCUAGAGUUCAUGUAAAUUGCCUCGAUGUUUUUAACGACUUUUAAGAGCUUUUGCCCUUAAAAUGUUCAUGUAAGUUAGCAAAUACAACGUAAGAUGCAAACAAACCUAUAUCUUAUUACCGUUUCAGUUGAAUACCAAAGGGUUGCUUUUUGUUUGAUGCCUGCAAAUUUGAGCAAAUCCACGCGUGGAUCUCAUUUUUCGUCUAUACCAGAGGUGGACAUGGAAAGGACCCUAGGCCACUUCCAGCAUGAACCUUCGGCCCUGAUAGGCUCGUGCUGGGAAAUUAGAUAUGAAACAUAAAUAAUGCAUUCCGUACAAUCAAUUUAAUGAAAGCGAAAGAAUCGUUUUCAAAUUUUUCCAUUUUUCAUUCUAUAUAUGUAGAAAGUCUUAAGCCAUGUGAAGUGAUAACUUUUCAAAGAAUAGAGUUUUUCUUAUCAAGCAGGUCCUAUCACAAUAGCUAUUUGACAAUAGAAUCUCUAUUAUGGCUGUUUGAGAAAAUUGAUUGCCCGCCAAUGUUGUAUACAGUCUUCAUCUUCCAGUACUUUUUAUUUGGUAUUCUACAUUCGUCUUGCACACUUACGUUCCCACUACUGCUUGCUUUUCUAGCUCCUUACGUUCUAUCUAAGUAAAAUUUCUGUUCCUGAAUACUGUAUUUCGGAAAGAUAGGCCCUGAGCCUUUAUUUGGUCUUGUAGUACUGUUAUUUUUAAAAUUUUACUCCUUGAAAGCAGCAUGAACAGAUUUUGUUCAAAACCCUUUUAAGAAUUACCAAUAAUGGAGUUUUGAAUACCCGCCCCAAAGAUGCAGACCUUUUUACUCGUCGAGAUCCUAAAAUUUUUCCCUUUUAUUCACCCCUCAGGGUCGUCUUGCUUGUAUCUUGCUAUUUGUUUUUAAAAUACCUUGAUUUUGGAAAUGAUUAUAUAAUUUGUGCCGGGAAAAUUGUAACUGGUUUAGUAACUGGAAUAAUCAGAAGGUAAAUUGAAAUUUGGCCCGAAAUUUUAGAAUUGUGUUUUCUUCGCUGUUCUUGUUAUUUAACAGUAUCAAGAUUUUCAAAUUUUGAAAGAUACACUCUUUAUGAUCUAAUGGUCCAACGCACUUUGCAAAGAAGCCUGUGGUCUUCCUGCUUCCCUUAGUAGAAUGACAGUUUAUUUUACAAGUAUUUUUUCAGGUUGAGGUUUAGGUCAAUUUAUUUAACAUGUUUAAACGUGUUUUUGGGAGUGGAAUGUUGAGGCCCUGUUGCAUUCUUAAAACUUUUAAGAUCUCUAAUUUUGAGACCUUUUAAAGCUCUUGUGAUAUUCAGAAACUUUUUGCUAUUGUAUUAAAGAUGUCCUUUCUAGUUGUAAGAUGUUUCAGAAGAUGAAUCAUACAGCGUAAAUGCGUGCUUUUUAGCUCAG